CGGCCCCCGCCACCGGCCCCGCGUCCCCGGACCGAAAUAGCGCGGGGCGGAGCCGGCGCGGCCAUGGCGAGGCAACCCGCGAAGACGCUGUGGUACGACCGCCCGCGGUACGUGUACCUGGAGUUCUGCGUCGAGGACAGCAGGGAUGUGGAGGUGGUCAUUGAGGAGCAGCGGCUGGUGUUCAGUUGCAAAAACGCAGACGGCGUGGAGUUCUACAAUGAGAUCGACCUGUACGCCAGGGUCAACUCCAAGGACUCGCGGGAGAAGCGCUCUGACCGCUCCAUCACAUGCUUUAUGAGAAAAUGGAAGGAGAAAGUGGCCUGGCCCCGCAUCACCAAGGAGAACAUCAAGCCAGCCUGGCUCUCCGUGGACUUUGACAACUGGCGAGACUGGGAAGGGGAUGAGGAGUUGGAGAGGGCCAUGAUGGAGGAGUAUGCAGAGCUCCUGGAGAAGGUGACGGACAAAGGCACCCCCCCCGCCAUGGAUGACCUGGAUGACGAGCCCUGAAGCUCAGGACCCGGGCACGCCGCAGGAAGCCUCCCGGUGCGCCGGCAGCGCGCACCCACGAGCAGCGCGGGCGGGGAUCUCAGCGCAUCAGAGCCGC